GGUCCAUGUGGUGAGCAGGUUGAGCUGUGCUAGGCACUACAAAAGGGAGCCUGUGUCGGGACCUCUGGUGGGUGGGCAGCAUGGGCUUUGAGGAACUGCUGGAUGAGGUGGGUGGCUUUGGAUCCUUCCAACUGCGGAAUGUGGCACUAAUGGCCCUGCCCCGAGUGAUACUACCCCUGAAUUUUCUCCUGCCUAUCUUCCUGGCUGCUGUGCCUGCCCACCACUGUGCCCUGCCUGGCACCCCUGACAACUUCAGUCACCAAGAGGCAUGGCUGGAGACCCACCUGCCCCGGGAGCCCGAUGGCAGGUUUAGCUCCUGCCUCCGCUUUGCUCACCCCCAGACUCUCCCCAACACCACACUGGGGAGAGAGGCACCGAGUCCUGGGGAGCUGGAAGGAGAACCCUCAACUGUGCCCUGCUCUCAGGGCUGGGAAUACGACCACUCAGAAUUCUCCUCCACCAUUGCAACUGAGUGGGAUCUGGUAUGUGAACGGAAAGGCCUCAACAGAGUUGCAUCCACCUUGUUCUUCAUUGGUGUGCUGAUGGGGGCUGUGGUCUUUGGAUACCUGUCUGACAGGUUUGGACGGCGCCRUCUACUGCUGGUGGCCUAUGUGAGUACCCUAGUGCUGGGCCUGACAUCUGCAGCCUCAGUCAACUAUGUCAUGUUUGCCAUCACCCGCACCCUCACUGGCUCAACCCUGGCUGGUUUCACCAUUAUUGUGUUGCCACUUGAGCUGGAGUGGCUGGAUGUGGAACACCGUGAAGUGGCCGGCAUCCUGAGCUCCACCUUCUGGACAGGAGGCGUGCUGCUGCUGGCUUUGGCUGGGUACCUGAUAAGGGACUGGCGAUGGCUCCUGAUGACUGUUACUUUGCCUUGUGUCAUAGGCAUCCUCAGCAUCCGGUGGGUGCCUGAAUCUGCACGCUGGCUUCUGACUCAGGGCCGAGUGGAGGAGGCCCAAAGGUAUUUGCUCCACUGUGCCAGGCUCAAUGGGCGGCCUGUGGGUGAGGACAGCCUGAGCCAGGAGGCCCUGAACAAAGUGUCCACGGGGGAACAGGUGUUCCCAAGACCCUCCUACCUAGACCUAUUCCGAACACCACAGAUCCGGCACAUCUCAUUGUGCUGCAUGGUGAUGUGGUUUUCAGUAAACUUCUCCUAUUACGGCUUGAGCCUGGACUUGUCGGGGCUGAGGCUGAACGUGUACCAGACGCAGCUGCUGUUCGGGGCAGUGGAGCUGCCCUCCAAGCUGGUGGUCUAUCUGCUGGUGCGCCGUGCGGGGCGCCGGCUCACGCAGGCCGGAGCACUGCUGGGCACCGCCUUGACCUUCGGCAUCAGAUUGCUGGUGUCCUCGGAGACGAGUUCCUGGAGCACGGCCCUGGCAGUGAUAGGGAAAGGUUUCAGUGAAGCCGCCUUCACAACUGCCUACCUGUUCACUUCAGAAUUGUACCCUACAGUGCUCAGACCAACAGGUAUAGGGCUGACUUCACUGGUGGGCCGACUGGGGGGCUCUUUGGCCCCACUGGCAGCCUUGCUGGAUGGAGUAUGGCUGUCAUUGCCCAAGCUUGCUUAUGGGGGCAUUGCCCUGCUGGCUACCUGCACUACCUUCCUGCUGCCAGAGACGAGGCAAGCACAGCUGCCAGAGACCAUCCAGGAUGUGGAGAGAAAGAGUGCCCAACCCGGUCUUCAGGAGGAAGAGAUGCAGGUCCAGAACUGAGUGGAAUUGGGGCAAGCCCUCCAGAGAAGGUCUACAGUCAGGGGCUGAGAAAACAGAAGGGCAGGCUCUUGUGACCAGAGC